AUGGGUCUCAACCCGAGCCAUGCGUCCUUUAGUGCCGGUGAACCGAGGGAGUGGAUCAAACGAGUCUUGGUUGGAGCAGAAGCGUCGGGACUCUCGACUAUUUGGGGCAUCUGGACUGCCCAGAAUCAAGCUGUGAUGGCUCAUAAUGUCAUCCCGGUGGCGAAGCUUCUGCGGUUAAUUCAAGAGCAGCGACAGCUGUUGCUUCGCUUGUGGCCUCCGUCCCAGCUUCCGUCGCAACCGCGCCUAGUGUCUUGGAUCGCACCGGUGGCUCCGGCGAUUGCUGUUAAUUGUGAUGUCAGCUCGUUGGGAGUUCCAUUGCGUUCGGGGUUUGGUGGUUGUCUUCGUCACGCUGAUGGAGCUUGGAUCACGGGCUUCCUUGGAUAUGGUGGUCAGGGCUUAGUGUUGCAUAUGGAGCUCUUAGCUGCCAUGGAUUGGAAAUUGUGUGGAACUUGGGGCAUAGGCAGAUUGAGUGUUUCUCAGAUUCUUUGUUGGCCGUUGGCUUGA